GCUGAUUGGAAUGACGUUCAACACUUGCAAAAGGCUGGAUUCUAACGGUAAAAGAGCGACUGGUACUUCUUGUGAACAUGCAGCAGUGAGUGUUGGAUUAGGAUCCUGCUCCCAAGCUCGGAGAGCAUGUGGAAGAAGGCGUGUGCGUGCUGGAGCAUGUGUGUUUGCAUCUUAAGCCAAGUACAGCACAAUAUGGGCCGCCGUUCGCCCACACUUGUGUGAUUGGGUUUGGACUUGUGUUGAUAAGGCGACGUCCUGGACAUGAGACAUGAGCUCCACAUCCUGAUCAACAUGCUCAAGAGAGUCUUCAUUGACAAACAGUUCAUGGAGAAGAUCCAAAGGUCCCUCGUGAACAAACUCAUCCCAGUCUCCCUUCAAACUCAUCCCAGUCUCCCUUCUUUGAACUUCAUUCUCCACAUCCUUGCCUGUCAGUCGAACAAGGGCAAAGACACAUUUUAUUAGAUUUUUUUUUAAAACCUUAUUUUCUGUCCCGCAUUAUCCUCUCUCAUCACCCCGUAUUUGUUCCCCUCAUGGGCGCAAUAACAGACGGCAGGAUCAUCUUGCUUUCAUCAGCCCUGAGAACCUCUUCCGAGCCCUAACCGCCUCACCAAAGCACCAACACCAGUACCAGCGCACCCGAUGGAGACAAAAGACAUGAUGAUGACGAGCGUGUUGACAAAGGACAAAUGGGAGACCGAGGCCGAGAGAGGCAUAGGGGGCAAGGACGUGAAAACAGAAGAGGAAAGGACGCAGGAGGAAAACUGUCGACUGAUGCUGGCUGACGGUCUUGCUGAGAGAGGACCCAAGAGUGUGAGCUCGGCUUCUGGUCCACAGGUGUCCAACGGCUUCACCACGUCCAGCACUCAGAGCUCAAAGGAGGGAGCUUCCUCCGCAGGUGCGGCCUCCGGGCCUGCAGGCGGCACCGGGUCGUCUGCGCCAGUGGGAGGCCUCAGGACUCUCGUGGUCCAGCAAACCAGCCUCGACCGUCCCAGAGAGACCUGGAGCAAGAAGAUGGACUUCUUACUCUCUGUGAUUGGCUACGCGGUGGACCUGGGCAAUGUCUGGCGUUUCCCCUACAUCUGCUACCAAAAUGGAGGAGGUGCCUUUCUGCUGCCCUACCUGUUGAUGGCGGUGUUUGGAGGUGUGCCUCUCUUCUACAUGGAGCUGGCGCUCGGUCAGUUCCACCGCAAUGGCUGCAUUUCCAUCUGGAAACACAUCUGCCCCAUCUUCAAAGGUAUAGGCUUUGCCAUCUGCAUCAUAGCCCUCUACAUAGCCUUCUAUUACAACACCAUCAUGGCCUGGGCCUUGUACUACCUGUUGUCGUCAUUCCAGCCCACCCUUCCCUGGACCACCUGCACCAACAGCUGGAACACGGCCAACUGCAACCGUUAUAUGUCCACCGACCACAACGUUUCGUGGUCCAACUCCUCCACCUCCCCCGCCGAGGAGUUCUAUACUCGACACGUGUUGCAGGUCCACCGCUCUUCAGGUCUGCACCAGUUAGGUUCUGUCAGCUGGCAGCUGGCCCUCUGCCUGCUCUUCAUCUUCACCAUCGUCUACUUCAGCAUCUGGAAGGGAGUCAAGACUUCUGGAAAGGUGGUGUGGGUGACCGCCACGUUUCCUUAUCUGGUCCUCCUGGUGCUGCUCGUCCGUGGGGCCACUCUCCCAGGGGCGUGGAGGGGAGUGGUCUUUUAUCUGAAACCUGAUUGGGAGAAACUGCUCAGCACUACCGUGUGGAUUGACGCGGCCGCUCAGAUCUUCUUCUCGCUGGGUCCGGGCUUUGGGGUGCUCCUUGCCUUUGCCAGCUACAACCCAUUUCACAACAACUGCUACAAAGACGCACUGGUCACCAGCUCGGUCAACUGCCUCACCAGCUUCCUCUCCGGCUUUGUGAUUUUUACUGUGCUGGGCUACAUGGCCGAGAUGAGGCAGCAGGAUGUGGACGCAGUUGCCAAAGAUGCUGGACCCAGUCUGCUUUUCAUCAUUUACGCAGAAGCCAUCGCUAACAUGCCUGCUGCAACCUUCUUUGCCAUCAUCUUCUUCCUCAUGAUCAUUAUGUUGGGCCUGGAUAGCACGUUUGCCGGCUUGGAGGGGGUGAUCACCGCCAUGCUUGAUGAGUUCCCCAAUGUCCUGGUUAAAAGAAGAGAGUGGUUUGUCUUCGGCCUGGUGUGCGUCUGCUAUCUGGGGGCGCUUUCCACUCUCACAUAUGGUGGAGCUUUCGUGGUGAAGCUGUUUGAAGAGUACGCCACAGGUCCCGCAGUCAUCACGGUGGUGCUGCUGGAAGUCAUUGCCGUUUCCUGGUUCUACGGAACCAACCGUUUCUGCAACGACGUCCAGGUCAUGCUUGGUUUCUACCCGGGAUGGUUCUGGAGGAUCUGCUGGGUCGCCAUCUGCCCCAGCUUUCUGCUGUUCAUCAUCAUCAGUUUUCUGGCCUUCCCUCCAGAGGUCAAGCUGUUUGACUACCAGUACCCACCUUGGACCACAGUGCUUGGCUACUGUAUCGGGGUGUCCUCGUUAAUCUGUGUCCCUGCUUACAUGGUCUACCACCUAAUCAAUACCAAGGGCACACUCAAACAGCGUCUGUCAAAGAGCAUCACUCCAGAGCCCAGCAAUGACCAACACAGAGGCUUCAUAGUCACCAACGCAGUCUGACUUGAACCCCAACGCCAUUCCAGCCACUUCGAGUGCCCUCUUCCGGUUCCCCUGUAGAACAAGGAGGCUACCUUUCACCGCUUUGGCCUCUUUUUCAUACGUUUCUUGCACAUGAUGUCUUUGUAACCCUUCGACAUGCGGCUGGACGUAAUGUAGGUGAAGACAGGCUCCAUCGACCUUACCUAGCUUUGUUAAGUUCAGGUUCGUGAACGGCGUCCAUUUCUUUCUUCAGGUAACAUAACGCUAUUUCGAUGCAAUCGUGUAAGACUCGUGUUCAUGCACAUAAGCUAUGUUGUGAUCGUUUCAUUACGCGGGCCCGUAGUCCUUCCCUUUCAUGCUGAUUUUAACAACAUACCAAUAAGUUAUGCAUUGUACAUGUAGCAAAAUGCAGAUAUUAUCUUUCUUAUAUUUACUGCGGAAGCCAAAUAUGACAUUUGUUCUGUUUCAAGCGCUCAUGUUCCAUUCACGUUGGACUGUAAGGACAGAUUUGCAAUGGGUUCUCUACACUGUGAAGCAGUGUCUGCUUAUAACGUCUUUGUACUGCACAAAUGCGUGCGUGCGUGCGUGUGUGCGUGCGUGUGUGUGUGUGUGUGUGAGACAGAAGGACAGUCGUAACGGCCGUGUGUUUAUCUUGUCAUGCGUCGGCAUCCUGUCACCUUGACCUCGUCAUACUUGCGUUAUUUUAUGACAAGACUUGUUUGCUUGCUAGUGUUCACCCUGCAGAGUCGUCAGUCAUAGAAACCAAAUAUGAAGCUGACGCUUAGGUCGACUCUCUCCUUACCACCAAAAUUGUGCGUGUUUGUGCGUGAGAGAGAAAGCGAGUCUUAAGACUUCAAAUAUGGCAAGUACUGUACCGCCACGUGUGUAUUUCCUCGUCUGUGUGGUACCGGUGUAAUCUAUCCUGUGAAUACCUGUUUCCUCCUCUUAUGGAUGUGUGAAUGUGUGUGUUCUGUUGGUGCUGGUUUGCCUUUCAGUGUGCGCUGAGACACGUGCGAAUCGAUGGGUAUGCAGGGGCGGUCGGCCUCAGUGCGCAUGCCGUGAUAUCUACGUAUGUGUCUACUGUACUUGAGGUGCGUGCGUGGGAUUGGGAGAGUGUGCAUGUCUAGAAAAUGUGGUCUCUCGUUGUCGUCAACUGCCAAUCUAUUUAAUGAAGGACGUAAACUCCCUCUAGUAGCUCCGCAGCUUAUAGAAAGUCUAUGUAUGUCCACAAGACUAUCCCUGUAUAGAAUAAAGACAUAGAAAUAUAUGGCAAAUAAUAGAUAAUAAAGAUA